AUGGUUGUGCAGGACAGCACAGAUGCUGGGGAGGCCAGAGUGGGCGUGCGGCUAGAGCCCUUCCUGCACCAGGUCGGGGGGCACCUGAGCUUGAUGAAGUACGAUGAGCACACCGUGUGCAAGCCCCUCAUCUCCCGGGAGCAGAGGUUCUACGAGUCUCUGCCUCUGGCCAUGAAGGGCUUCACCCCGCAGUACAAAGGCACCAUCACAGUGCACCUCCAAAAAGACAGCCGAGGCCAUCUCAGCCUGGUGGCCACCCCGCUGAAGGAGAACCGGGGGCCCUUCAAGGUCUCCACGGAAUCGGCAGCGGUGGCAAUAUGGCAGACGCUCCAGCAGACCACCAGUAGCAGUGGUGGCGUCCACCCCCUCGUCCAGUGGCAGCUGGCUCACUCGCUCGAGGAGAGCCCGGCCACGUCGCUCUCGAGGUCCGAGUUCCAUCUCAAUGCCCCAGUCUCCACACUCGUGGAAGACGCUAAAGGGAACCAGGCUGAGAGGAGGAGCUUUAACCCGUGGGGACUGCAGUGCCACCAGGCCCACCUGACCCGCCUAUGCACCGAAUACCCGGAGAACCAGCGGCACCGGUUUCUGCUGCUGGAAAAUGUCGUGUCACAGUAUAAGCACCCCUGUAUCCUGGACCUGAAGAUGGGGACCCGGCAGCAUGGAGAUGACGCGUCCGAGGAGAAGAAGGCCCGUCACAUGCACAAGUGUGCACAGAGCACCUCGGCCUGCCUGGGUGUGCGCAUCUGUGGGAUGCAGGUUUAUCAAGUUGAUAAGAAGCACUUUCUCUGCAAAGACAAGUACUACGGAAGAAAACUCUCUGUCGAGGGCUUCCGACAGGCCCUCCAUCAGUUCCUGCAUGAUGGAACCCGCCUCCGGACGGAGCUCCUGGAGCCCAUCCAGUGCCAGCUCCGUGCCCUCCUCUCGGUCAUUAGGAGCCAGAGUUCCUACCGGUUCUACUCCAGCUCUCUCCUCAUCAUCUAUGAUGGGCAGGAGCCGCCAGAAAGGACGGCCCAUGGCAGCUCUUCUGGAGGUGUCAGCAAAGUUGACAUCCGGAUGAUCGACUUUGCCCACACAACAUACAAAGGCUCCUGGGACGAGCACACCUCUUACGACGGACCAGAUCCAGGCUAUAUUUUUGGCCUAGAGAACCUCAUCCAGAUCCUGCAGGAUAUUCAAGAGGGAGAAUGA